CCACGAACUUACCAUUGCAUUGUUCAAUGCUAGUUCCCUUGCUCAUUUAGUGAACAUCAGAUCUGUUUUAUCAUUUCUCUAGACAAUCGUUGCUUUUGUUUUGAUUUUCAUCUUUAUCACAUAUUCCAUCUUUGGUCUUUGUUUUUGACGGAGGUUCUGUGUACUGCUGCGCUGCUAUUGUUGUGUUGUUUGUUGUCCAUGUUCCUUGUUGGACAACAAUCCUACAAUGAGUUAUCAUCAUGGCACGUCGGAUGAAGUGGACAAUGAUGCUGGGAUGCUCUUAAAUUUAAGUCAAAAAUCCAGUAUAUUUGUGGUCGACCAAACACCCACUCCGACAAGAUUAAUAAAAAAUUGUGAAGAAGUAGGCCUAUUCGAUGAUUUACGUAAUGUUAAUCCUUUUGAUGAGACAUUCAGGAGGGCAUGUGAGCAGAACAUUCAGCAUCCUGGAUCUAAUCAUAAUUUCCAUGCAGAAGAAGAAGCUUUACAUACGCCCCAGGUUUUUCCACAAUUUGAUGUGGCCGUGGAGGGCGGUAUUAGUGCUGGAGAGGAUUUAAGUAAACAUACUCUAAAUACACCUGGGGUGCAUACACUAAAUACUCCUGUGGUGCUGGAUAAUCUUUUGGAAACACCUCCCAUAAUCACUAAAACUAAUGAAACAGAUGAUAUUUCCACCAGUGUUAAUAAAUAUCGGCCGAUAGCUGAAAAGCCAGCACCCAGUGCUAGCUCCCAAAGCAAUGAAGCUUUAACAUUUAUGCCUUCGACAGUGCAAUUUAUACAACCCCAGGUGAUUACAGUAACAUUUCCCACAGCCGAGACAAACAUAACUACGGAAUCGGGAAAAGUCAGCAAAACAAAUCAAAAACCACUUCCAAUAAUUUUACCCAAACUAAAUACUUCCGCAGCCAAAGAUUCGACAUCAUCGUCGGUGGUAACAUCUACUACAUCCUCAUCAUCAACACCACAUCCUGAACCUAGCAGUGCUAGUUUGACCCCCACCUCACAGCUGCCGAUUAAAGAACGCCUUAAGGCUAUAUUGAAUCAAUCGAGUAAAUCUAAACCACCCGAAUGGCCGAGUAAUAAAUGUUCGGGUAAAUCCGCAAUUAUCCACAGGGCAACUUCUUCGUCAUCGUCAAGUCGUAAAUUAUCGUCUAAAGAUGAUACUAUGGAACGCAGGCGUGCAGCAUCUACACGUUAUCGUCAGAAAAUGAAGAAACGAAAUGCCGAUUUACAAAUGGAAAAUGAAAAACUCAAGCAACGAGUAAAACAGUUGGAAGCACAAGUGGCGAAAUUGCAAACAGCGGCUUUACAGCCGCUACAAGCUCCAGCAACUAUAACAGAUCUUGGUAUACCUGCUCAAAUACAAAUACCUGCCUCUACCAUACAUUUGGUAAUGAAUAUUCCUAAAGUAGUGGUGCCUUAUGGUAGCAAUAUUAAUAAUACUCAAACAAUUUUGAAAAAUCCCAUUACUUAUCGAAUUGAUAAAAACUAAUAUUAGAGAGUUUCGUUCUUAAAAUUGUUUAUAACUUUAUAAUGUAGAUUUGUAAAAAGAAGUGCCUUAUUAUUUGUAAAAUUUUCAAACUGUGUACAAUUGAAUGUGUUAUAAAAAAUACCAAAUUGAAAUUUAUUUAUAAAAUAAAUAAAAUAUAAAAACUAA